AUGGAUCCAUCCGAGCGCAAGGGCGAUACUAGUAGAGGACAGGCACACAGGAAAGACCUGCCUGCAGAGACUUCGGGGAGCACUGUGCGCGACGGUGCCAAGCUGACACAGGAAAACCCGGAGAACGACAAUGCACAGGGCGGUGGCUCUCAGCGGAAGACCAGGGCGCCACCUCAUACUGACCUCAACGUCCACUUCACAGCACCAUCUAAGAAACAACUGGAGGAUUUGGAACGCAUGUAUCCGGGGUGCGGGGAAAAAGCACGGGAGAUUCAUGAUCAGCGAGCCAGAGAGUACGCCGCGGAGCAUUGCCCGGAUGCAACCCGUGCCAAUAUCCGAAAAAUUUCCCACCCUGGUGGAACUAACCCGGAGGAAGCAGAGCAUGCGACGAUCUCGUUCAAGGGAAGCCGCCGUAUAGAUGGUAAAGCCGUACACCUCUAUAUGGACCUCCUUGCUUUGUUGGGUAUCAAGGAGUAGAUGCACGUUGUACCUAUGAAAUUUAGUGAAGAGACCAUCUU